AUGGUGGAGUCCGAUCAUGUUCCUGAAGAUUUUUUAUGCCCAAUCACUCUAGCUAUAAUGGAAGAUCCUGUAGUCGCUAGUGACGGGUUCACUUAUGAAAGGAUAGCAAUCCUGCUAUGGUUUGAAAGAAGCAAUACUUCACCUAUGACUCGAGAAGAUUUUAAAAAUAAAGAAGUUAUCGAAAACCGCCGUCUCCGUUCUAUGAUAUCUCAGUAUUUAGAUCGAACUCAUCAGACAGCAACCCCUUCAGAAGUUGAAAAUGCCAACGGUCUUGUUUCCAAAAUGCUGGACACGAUUUCCAUCAAAAAAGACUAUAUCGACAAAAUUCGAAUUACAAUAAUUUAUUUAAAUGAUAUAAAAGAAGACCUUAAUGAACAUCUUCUCCAUUGCAAAGUUUCCAAUACCGUUGGAAACGGUGUCACUAUAGCAAGCGGCUCCAUGUCAAAAUGACCGUGGAUUUUUGAUAAAUACAUUUUAUCGAAAUCCAUUUGGUCGAAAAUUUUUGACAGUGUGGACAUUUGGCCGAUUUUUUUCAGUCAAAUGCAUCACUAUCAAAAAUUUUCGAUCAAUUUUCGGCUAAAAAUUUUCGGUGAAAUAGACACUCAAAAAGGCAAAGUUAUUUGACCUGCACCAUAGCAAGCACUCCACUUAUUUUUACUCCUCUGGCCAUUGUAGGUAUAAUAGGCGCAAUUGCAGGUGGGUUAACCUCUAUAGGAACCACCGUAACUCAGUACUUCAUAGAGAAAAGCAAGCUCAAAAAAAUGAAAGAAGUCUUAAUUGAAGAAGAAAAAGCUGCAAUUCGCUAUGAAGUCUCUGAAAUUAAAGCCCAAUAUUUUGUAGAAACCGCAAAUGUUAUAACGCAAGGGGUCAUGGCUGGUGCACGAAUUACAAAAAUUGUAAGAGGGGUUCAGGCAAUGCAAGCAGCAAGGGUUGCAAAUGCUGCUCUAAAGCCUACUGCAAAUGUGAUUUCUGGAGGAAAUACGGUGUCAAAAGCGCUGACAGUUGGGAAAUUUUCGAAAUAUUGUGCAGUUGCAGGGGUCGCCAUAUCGACUAUUGAUAUUGUCUUGACGUGGACGAUGGAUAAUUCGACACUAGAAUUAAUAAAGAAGGAGAUUGACUGCAGAGAAAGAAUGAUUGAGAUUCAGAUGAAAGAGCUUGAAGCUUUGGAGAGGUCUUUAGAUUAA